CUACAGUAAUCGCGUCGAACUUUACCACCUUAGAAGCUUGUCGCGCAAAAAAAGUGGUCGGUCUGUGAUGCAUCACUAAGUCACCAAGCCAAACUGGUUAAGAUAUAUCUUCGUCUUCGACGUUUAUAAUCAUCGUCCAGCUUGCGGUGUCCUUACCCAGCGAAUUACGAAACGCCGAAACCCCCAGCCUUUUCUGUUCUUGCGGCUUGGGGAUGAGUGCAGGUUUAUAAACACGGCUGAGAUCAGACGAACCCACACCCACAUCACAUUCCAAUAACUAGAUCGGAUACCUAUAACACAACAUAUAGCACAUUCCUUCCUCACAAACACCGUCCUACCAUGUCGCUCUUCGGCAAUUCGAGCUCAGGAGGGCAAUCCAACAAUAAUGCCACCACUUCCACUGCACCUCCUUCUGGCAACUUGUUUGGCUCAUCAACCCCUACUACUUCGGCUUCGACCAAUCUAUUUGGUAGUUCAACCACCGGCACACCUGCCUUCUCUUUCGGAAACCUAGGUGGUGGGAACAAUAGCGCUGCUGCUGGUUCAUCGGGAACUACUCCUGGUCCCUUCGGAAACACGGCUACUAAGCCAGGAGAGCAAAAGCCAUUAUUUGGGCAAACGACGGGAAAUAGUGCACUAGGAUCUACUCCUACGUCGGGUGGUGGUGGCUCUGGGUUGUUUAGUAGCAGCUCCCAGACACCUCCCUCUAACCCUAACCUCUUUGGUAGUGCUGCGAAGCCUGCGCAAUCUACGAACCUAUUUGGUAAUCCCGCCUCAACAACACCGACGUCGACGAGUGCCGCCCCAGCAUCAGCACCGAUGAUAGCAGGAUCUUCUAGCACCCCUACCUCGGCGCCCGGGCUCUUUGGCAACCUUACCGGCGGCGGCGGCGGCGGCAGUGGUCUUUUCAACAACGCCAACUCAAGCACUACGCCAACUAGUAAUGCCCCCGGUUCUGGUUCGCUAUCAACACCUACGAAAACAAUGUUUUCUCUAAACUCAACCACUCCCGCGGGCGCGCCUCCGACGAAGCCUGCCAACCUCUUUCAGAGUGCUACGGGUCAACUACCCUUUCCAUCUACUCAGCAAGGAGACAAGAAGGAAACACAAGGUAGCUCGUUGUUUGCAAACCCGGGCAGUUCCUCCCAGACUGGUACCGCGGCCAGCAAGCCGUCGUCCUCUACCCCGAGUGGACUCUUUGCCAAUGCCGGUCAAAGCUCAGCCCAAGCCCCAGGCCUCUUUGGGGCUUCGAAACCUGCUGAUGGUUCUUCCGCCUCAAGUUUAUUCAGCGCGAAGCCUACCACUGCACAAGGCGGCGGAGCGACACCUGUAGCCAGUCCACUAUUUGGGCAGCAACCUUCAAAGCCUGCCGAGGCAUCCUCAGCUAAGCCCGCGAACUCGCUCUUUGGGGGGUCAGGUACUACACCAGCAGCACCAGCAAGCUCAUCUUCGUUAUUUGAUAAAAAGUCUGCAUCAUCUGCAGCAGCUACUACAUCGGCGGCUCCUGCUUCAGCAUUUCCGAGCCUUACCAAGCCCCCGGGCUCUACCUCUGCUCCCGAACCAGCUAAGACACAGGCGACUUCUUUGUUUAGUCUGGGGAAGCCGGCAUCCGGUACCGGAACUACUGAACAAGCCAAACCUACAUCUGGUCUCUUUGGUAAUACUGCCUCUACUCCAGCAGCAGGAACUGCAAACGCCACGCCAGCCACCGGAACGACAGCUUCUGCCACUCCGGCCUCAACCGCUACCACAACGACAGCCCCAACAAGCUCUCUAUUCGGUGCCGCGCAAAAAGCUGCUACAUCGUCUGACAACACGGCAGCACAAUCUACUACAGGAGCUAGUAACGCAUUGGGAGCAUCGACCGCUGGCCCUAUCUCAUCUAUGGCACGGCUCAAGAACAAGACAAUGGAUGAGAUCAUCACUCGGUGGGCUACUGAUCUCUCAAAAUACCAGAAAGAGUUCAAAGAGCAAGCAGCUCAAGUGGCCCAGUGGGAUCGCCUUCUGGUUGAGAAUGGGGAGAGGAUCCAAAAGCUCUAUUUGGAGACGUUUGAGGCCGAAAAAGGUAGUCGUGAGAUUGAACGACAGCUCGUCGGCAUCGAGAGUCAGCAGGAAGAACUCGAAUCUUGGCUGGAUAGAUAUGAGGGUGAGGUGGACUCGAUAUUUGCCAAACAGAUUGGGCAUGGAGAUCAGCUUACGGGACCGGAUCAGGAGCGCGAGAAGACAUACAAGCUAGCCGAGAAGAUUACCGAAAAGUUGGAUGAUAUGGGUCGUGACUUGGCCAAGAUGAUCAAAGAGAUUAACGACAUUUCCGGCACUUUGAGCAAGGGCAACAAGCCGGAUGACCCGCUGAGCCAGAUCGUCCGAGUCCUCAAUAGUCACCUUGCUCAACUUCAGUGGAUAGAUACUAACGCCGCUGCGCUUCAGGCCAAGGUCGCAGCCGCACAAAAGGAGCGCAGCACAAUCGGCAACCAUUACGGGGGCCCAGAACAAGACAAUGUGGACAGCUUCUAUAGGUCCUACAUGGGACGUCGAUAAGCCUAAGGUUUCUUAAAUAAUUACUAGACUACCGAGGAGGAAUUUGAGAAAUUCUUAGGGGAAGUUCGGUGUAGGAGUUUAAGGAACCAUGCACGAAAAUUCGAGAAUUCGUAGAUGAUGAUAUGCACUAGGAUAGGGGAGACCUUCAAUCGGGCAGGUAU